ACUUCGCGCGGAGCUGCGGGCGGCAUGAAGACGAGCCGCCGCGGCCGAGCGCUCCUGGCCGUGGCCUUGAACCUCCUGGCGCUGCUCUUCGCCACCACCGCCUUCCUCACCACGCACUGGUGCCAGGGCACGCAGCGGGUGCCCAAGCCGGGCUGCGGCCAGGGCGGCGGCGCCAACUGCCAGGACUCGGGCGCCAACGCCACAGCCAACGGCACGGCCGCCCCGGGUGCGGCCCGUGAGCCCUACAGCUGGGAGACCGCGGACGAGCGCUUCCUGCUGCGCCGCUUCCACACCGGCAUCUGGUACUCCUGCGAGGAGCAGCUCGGCGGGCUCGGUGAGAAAUGCCGCAGCUUCAUUGACUUGGCCCCAGCUUCGGAGAAAGGGGUGCUGUGGCUGUCCGUGGUCUCCGAGGCACUGUACAUCCUCCUGCUGCUGGUCGGCUUCAGCCUCAUGUGUCUCGAACUCGUCCACUCCAGCAGCGUCAUAGACGGGCUCAAACUCAAUGCCUUCGCGGCUGUCUUCACGGUGCUGUCAGGCCUCUUGGGAAUGGUUGCCCACAUGAUGUACACACAGGUGUUCCAGGUGACCGUGAGCCUCGGCCCUGAAGACUGGAGACCUCAUUCCUGGGACUACGGGUGGUCCUUCUGCCUGGCCUGGGGCUCGUUUACCUGCUGCAUGGCGGCCUCUGUCACCACACUCAACUCCUACACCAAGACGGUCAUUGAGUUCCGGCACAAGCGCAAGGUCUUUGAGCAAGGCUACCGGGAGGAGCCGACCUUCAUAGAGCCUGAGGCCAUCAAGUACUUCCGGGAGAGGAUUGAGAAGGGAGAUGGGAGUGAGGAAGAAGACUUCCGACUAGCCUGCCGUCACGAGAGAUACCCCACCCGGCACCAGCCACACAUGGGAGACUCCUGGCCACGGAGCUCAGCUCAUGAGGCACCAGAGCUGAACCGCCAGUGCUGGGUGCUAGGGCACUGGGUGUGAGGAGACCUACCCCAGCCCUAGCCCUCCUGCCAUCCCUGGCCUCACCCCUCCCAUAGGACAUGGAAGCCUCAUCUGUGUGCUGUGGACCCAGCCCUCCUGCCACAGAGAUACCAAGCCUGCCCUGCCACUGCUGUCUGGAUCUUGGGGCCCCAGAGAUGGGGCAGGCUGGCCUGAGGGACUGCACAGGAUGCACAGAGACUUGGAAACAGCAGUUGCCACUAUACUGGGAGCCCAAUCCAGCUGGGAAGCCAUGAAGGACCUCUGAAUGCUGGACACCCACAACCACCCACAGAGCCAAGCAGGUGCCUAGAGAGGCAAGGCCCUGUGGGGACAAGGUGGGGUGGAGGGCUUCCUGAAAGAGGGGCACUGGCCAGCUCUGCAGAAGUCACAUAGCAGGCAUACAGCAGGGGCUCAAUAAAUGCUUGUUGAACCUG